AAAUCUAUUUUUUAGUCAACUUUGUCAAAGGAAAUACGACAAAAUCCUUUUCCAGUAGACAGCUUUGCGAACAAACAAAAUUAAAAGAUCAACAUUCAACCCCAUCCACAUUAUGUGUUUUAAAAACCGUGUUACUUUUUCUUAUAUGAAGUUUUCCGUUUUUGCCACUGUGUAUUUGUAUUGCUGUUUCAACUUUCAGAUUUAAAAAACAUGGAGCCGUACAAAGAGUGAACUUUUUUUGUCUCAUCAUCUUCUGUGUUGAAAAAUGUUUUAAAACCAGAAUUUAAGGCCAUUUGGCCGGCUGCCAGGCCAACCCCGAGGAUGGCGACUGCUGCACCAGAACAAAAACUUCCAAUAGAGACGGUUGUUUCUCCCAAACGGCCGGGCUAUGGAACGAAAGGAAGGGACAUACAGCUUCAAGCAAAUUUCUUUGAGUUGAAGCUUCCCAAAGGGGAUAUCCACCAUUACAAUGUUACAGUCACUCCUGACAAAUGUCCAAGGGCAGUUAACCAUGCCGUUGUUCAAACGAUGGUCGAUCAAUACCAUAAGAUGUUUGGUGGCCAGAAACCUGUUUAUGAUGGUCGCAAGAAUCUGUACAGUCGAUGCCCCUUACCCAUUGACAAAGAAAAAAAAGAAUUUCUUGUCACAAUCCCAGGAGAUAACGACCAAGAACGGCAUUUCAAGGUCUCUGUAAAGUGGGUGACUUUCGUCAGCAUGUUUGCAUUGGAAGAAGCAUUAAAAGGUCGUUUGAAAAUGAUUCCGUUCGACUCAAUCCAAGCCCUUGAUGUCGUCUUGAGAUAUUUCCUCUCGUCCCAGUACAUUUCUAUUGGUCGAUCGUUUUUCUCUCCACCAAUCAACGACGUGAACUCCUCAAAUCUGGAGUGCGGGCGCGAAGUGUGGUUUGGAUUUCAUCAGAGCGUACGACCAUCACAAUGGAAAAUGCUCGUGAAUAUCGACUCCUCAGCAACAGCCUUUCAUAAGGCAAUCUCAGUCAUCGAAUUUCUCUCGGAAAUCAUCGGUGAAAAUCCACAGAGAUUGCUGCAUCCUAGAUCGGGCAUAAGCGAAGAUGACCGAGUGAAAUUUACGAAAGAAAUUAAAGGUUUAAAAGUGCAGAUCAGUCAUUGUGGCGAGGCCAAGAGAAAGUAUCGGGUGUUCAGUGUGACACGUGAGCCCGCGUGCAUACUGACCUUUCCAAGAACACGUGAGAACGGACAGAGUGAUGAAAUUACUGUGCAGAGAUAUUUCCUGGAAAAGUACAAGAGACAGUUGCUUUACGGUCAUCUGCCUUGUCUCCAGGUCGGUCAACCACAGAAGCAAACUUUCUUGCCCUUGGAGGUGUGUUCGAUUGUAUCUGGUCAGCGGUGUACGAAAAAAUUAACUGACAAACAGACAACAAAGAUGAUCAAAUGUACAGCGAAACCAGCACCGGAUAGACAACAAGAGAUAAUUAGCCUGAUGCACAAAGCCAACUUUUCCAACGACAAACACUGUCAAGAAUUUGGCAUUACUGUUCAACAACAAAUGGUCUCUGUCACUGGGAGAGUUUUACCUCCGCCUAAGCUGGUGUUUGGUGGCAAGGAAAAAGUCACUGAAGUUCCGAGAAAUGGGGUGUGGGUGAUGAAAGGGAAGCAGUUGUUCCACGGUGUGGAGAUCAAGGAAUGGGCCAUUGCCUGUUUCGCACACCCGCGAAAAUGCACUGAAGAUCAUUUGAGAAAUUUCACCCAGAAACUGGCGAAGACUGGGAACGACUCCGGCAUGCCAAUCUCGCCUCAGCCUUGUUUCAUCAGAUAUGCUAGAAAUGAUAAGGAGGUUGGACCAUUGCUCACUCAAAUUAAAGCCUCGUUUAAAGACAUCCAGUUAAUCGUAGUCGUCCUAAAUGGCAAGAGCAUGGUUUAUGCGGAGGUCAAGCGUAUUGGCGACACGUUACUUGGUGUAGCGACGCAAUGUCUUCAGCUAAAGAACGUGAUGAACCCUAGUGGACAAACUCUGGCAAACCUUUGUUUGAAAAUCAACGUAAAACUCGGUGGCAUCAACACAGUUUUGGCUCCGGAGAUCAGGCCACCGUUCUUCAAACAGCCUGUGAUAUUCUUCGGCGCUGACGUGACGCACCCCGCCGCAGGCGACGAGAAGAAGCCAUCGAUUGCAGCUGUUGUCGGCAGUAUGGAUGCACAUCCAAGCCGCUACAGUGCGUCCGUCAGAGUCCAGACGCACCGCCAGGAAAUCAUCGGGGAACUGUCGUCAAUGGUUCGGGAAUUGUUGAUCCAGUUCUAUCAAGCGACCAUUCACAAGCCGUGUCGUAUCAUUUUCUACCGCGAUGGCGUGAGCGAGGGACAGUUUGAUCAAGUGAUUUCACACGAACUGAAAGCCGUCCGCGAGGCAUGUUUGAAGUUGGAGUCUGGGUACAAGCCUGGUAUCACGUUCAUCGUCGUACAAAAACGUCACCAUACGAGAUUAUUUUGCGUCAAGAAAGAGGAUCAGUGUGGUCGUAGUGACAACAUUCCGCCGGGAACUAUGGUGGACAGCGGUAUUACGCAUCCUACAGAAUUUGAUUUCUAUCUUUGCAGCCACUUUGGAGUUCAGGGAACAAGCCGGCCGUCCCAUUAUCACGUUUUGUGGGACGAUAACAAUUUCACUGCGGACGAGAUUCAGGCUUUGACCUACCAACUGUGUCACACGUAUGUCCGCUGCUCCAGAUCCGUCUCUAUUCCAGCCCCGGCAUUUUACGCUCAUCUCGUCGCCUUCAGGGCGAGAUAUCAUUUGCAAGAGAAAGAAACGAAGGAGAGCCCUUCGGAUACGAAGAAAGACUUAAGUGCAGAAUUUCAAGCCCACGCUGUGCAGGUUCACCCAAACUCCUUGAAGCACAUGUAUUUUGCUUGACCAACGACACUUGUAGGCGACUGGCGUAGAUUUUUCAAAUCUCACCCAAGACAUCCAGGAUAGAAGUAAACCCACCGUUUUGAUGUUUGGUACAUUGUGGUCCAGCUGAUAAGCGUUGUUACAAAAUAUACUAUAAAACGGAGGUGUUUUUUUAGCUAGUUGUAUAAAUAUUUUAGGGAUAGCCAUUUGUGGAUUUUAUUUUCAUAGAAAUAUUUGCCGUUUAUAAAACAGGCUCAAUUACUUGGUAGGUAGGGAUUAAAAAUAAACGGCGUUCUAAACGUCAAAUAUUUUUCUUUCUUGUCUUUUCAUU